ACAUCACUGAGCUUCCCAUCAAAUUCCGUCAAGUGCCUGGCCAAAUGUAUGCUGUGUACGUUGUUCUGGAGGUGCUGAUCGCGGUUAUCUCCAUCCUGGGCAACGUGCUAGUCUGCUGGGCGGUCAGGAUCAACCGGGGUCUCAUGGGAACCACCUUUUUCUUCAUCCUGUCUCUGGCUGUGGCCGACGUCGCCGUGGGAGUCCUGUGCAUCCCCUUGGCCAUCGUCAUCAGCACCGAGCUCCAAGUCGGCUUCUACAGCUGCCUUUUCAUGUCCUGCGCUCUGCUGGUACUGACUCAGAGCUCAAUCCUUUCACUUCUCGCCAUUGCCGUGGACCGGUACCUUCGCGUUAAGAUCCCCACCAGGUAUCGGAUUAUCGUUACACAGAAGAGGGCCUGGAUUGCUAUUGGCAUUUGUUGGCUAGGAUCUAUUUUGAUUGGGCUAACUCCUGUGUUUGGCUGGAACAAUAGAAGCAGCGAAGAGUGGAGGAAUUUUACCCACAGGAAAUGCAGGUUUCUGGAGGUGGUCAGAAUGGACUACAUGGUGUAUCUUCACUUCUUCGUUGGGUUACUCACGCCCCUUGUGAUCACAUUCGGCCUGUAUGCUGAAGUAUUUUGGAUAAUUAGGAAACAACAAAAUAAGAUGGUUACCAAUGCCACAGACUCAACAAGAUAUUUUAAGAAGGAGCUUAAACUUGCAAAAUCUCUGACUUUAAUUUUAUGCCUAUUUGCUACCUGCUGGCUCCCUAUACAAAUAGUAAACUGCAUUUCGUACUUCUAUUCCCAGCAUAUUGACUUAAAGAUACCCACCUUUAUUGGGAUAUUGCUGUCCCAUGCAAAUUCAGCUGUGAAUCCAGUGAUAUAUGCUUGGAAGAUAAAAAAGUUCAGGGUAUCAUUUCAUCAGAUUUGGAAUCAAUAUUUCCGAUGCAAAAAUGACAGCUUUAAUACAGAUAAUUCUGAUGGUCAAUCAAAAAAAGAAAGCAAUUUAAGUAGCAGUGUUUGA